AUGGAACUACUGAUUGGAGCCUCACUUAUGUCCAGUAAUGUUGGCAGCAGUUUGUUUAUUGGUCUAGCAGGAACAGGAGCAGCCGGAGGCAUCGCUGUUGGGGGAUUUGAAUGGAAUUCAACAUGGGUCCUGGUGGCUCUGGGCUGGAUCUUUAUCCCUGUCUACAUCUCUGCUGGUGUGGUGACCAUGCCUUAAUACCUGGCCAAAUGCUUUGGAGUCCAGAGGAUAUGCAUAUACAUGUCUGUUCUGUAACUCAUCCUUUGCAUUUUCACCAAAAUAUCUACAGAUAUCUUUUUGGGGGCAUUGUUCAUCCAGGUGUCAUUGGGCUGGGAUCUCUAUCUGUCCACAAGCAUACUGUUGCUGGUCACUGCUGCUUAUACCGUGGCAGGUGGUUUGGCAGCAGGGAUCUACACUGACGCACUUCAGACUUUGAUCAUAGUUGGGGGAGCCUUUGCACUAAUGUUCAUAGCAUUCUCCAAAGUUGGCUGGUAUGAGGAGUUUGUGAACCGUUAUAUGUCAGCUGUCCCCUCAGUGACAGUCGCCAACACCACGUGCCACCUACCUCGUAGUGAUGCCUUCCGCAUUUUCAGACAUCCUGUGUCAGGCGAUUUACCCUGGCCAGGUCUGGUGUUUGGGCUCAGAGUACUAGCUACUGGGGUCUGGUGCACUGAUCAG